AUGCCGCCUCGAAUAUUACCAAGAGGGCCUAGUGCUCUAUCGUCGCGAUCGGCAGUCUGGGUCCGUCUGCAGCCCCAGCAGAGGUUUGCUUCGAGCUCCGCAAAUGCGCCGGAGGUCUACGAUGUCGUCUGCGUAGGCGGUGGACCGGCAGGUUUGAGUCUCCUGACCGGUCUGAAAGCAUCGCCAAUUACAAGCGGGCUGAAAGUUGCGCUCAUCGAGGGACAAGAUCUACACAAGAAUCGGUUACCACAAGAUGCGAGUCUAGGGAGCUUUUCGAAUAGAUGCAGCUCCCUUACCCCAGCCUCUGUGAAAAGCCUACAGGAAAUCGGAGCAUGGGCACAUGUCAACACACCCCGAGUGCAGCCAUACCAGGAGAUGCAAGUAUGGGACGGCGUCACCGACGCGCGAAUAUCUUUCGACUGGCACACAGCGAAACCUCUCCUUACUCCUCGUAAUCCGGCGCAACCCACCACAAUCGCCUACAUGAUCGAGAACGUCAAUACGGUCACUGCUUUGUUAAGUCGGCUUGAACAACUAGGCGGAGUCGACUUCUACACGUCUACAAAAGUCAAUUCAAUAGAUCUGGGUACGGAUACAGAGAAGAUGGACUUCUCAUCGUGGCCAAUGCUCACACUAUCCAAUGGAAAGACACUGGCUGCCAGGUUAUUGGUCGGAGCCGAUGGUGCGAAUAGCCCAGUGCGGACUUUUGCAGAUAUUGAGUCGCGAGGCUUUGAUUAUGGUAGACACGGUGUGGUGGCUAGUCUAAAACUUGAGGGGCAAGGCUGGGGCGGUCAAGAUCACAAGAUUGCAUACCAGCGGUUCUUGCCAACCGGCCCAAUAGCUAUGCUGCCCCUUCCGGGCAACAUGUCGACACUCGUGUGGAGUACCACCCCGGAACGUGCCGCAAAGCUCAAGACACUGUCACAGGCUGAUUUCGUUGCAAUGGUUAAUGCAGGCUUCCGACUGUCACCCACAGACUUGGAAUACCUUCACACACUUUCGUCUGGCCAGACAGAGGAAGUUGCAUGGCGAGAGAAGCAUACGCCCGUUGAUGAACACGCGAUACCAAUGCGAGCAGCGCACGUGCAAGACGGCACAGUCGCGUCCUUCCCACUUCGAAUGCGGCACGCCGAUACCUAUACUGGUGAACGAGUUGCAUUGGUUGGCGAUGCAGCGCAUACUAUACAUCCGCUCGCAGGCCAAGGUCUAAACCAAGGCCAAGGUGAUGCUGCAGCACUUGUUCGGACGAUAUCACACGCAGUGCAAACCGGUCAAGACAUCGGUUCAACAUUGGCGUUGGAGAGCUAUACCAGCGAGCGAUAUGCGGAGAAUAAUGCAAUGCUGGGCGUAUGCGAUAAACUACAUCGUCUAUAUAGCGUCGAAUCGGGCCCGCUUGUAGGAUUACGAAGUCUCGGGUUGAGAGCCGUCGAUGCAAUGGGCCCACUGAAAGGCUUCUUCAUGAGCCGGGCUGCGGGCGGUUCGUAG